GCGCGUUUAUUCAUUAUUGUUUAUUCCCAUGUGGUGUCGAAAAAUGGACGCGCACAUGAUUCUCUAAGGUUUUGAAAAUGUUUUUCUUUAAUGUUUACAUGCGUUAAUGGUUAAAAAUUCAAGUGAUUGUUUAAAAGUGUUAAGUGAAAAUGACAGAAAUGCCUCCUUAUCUCGCAGUUAAUGAUGAGGAGAAUAACAGUGAUCAGACUGAUAGUGAUUCCUCGGAUUAUGAAGAUGAUUUACCUUUAUGUUUUAACCAGCCCAGGCAUACGGAGCCAAUAAUAGGUGCUGAACGAGAAGAACACACGUGGAGAGUGAAGGAGAAGUACAAAACACACUGUGUGGCGCUGGUCCUGUGCCUCAAUGUGGGUGUGGACCCACCAGACGUUGUGAAGACACAGCCUUGUGCGAGACUUGAGUGCUGGAUUGAUCCAAACUCGUUGUCCCCAACCAAAGCUCUGGAGACAAUUGGUCAUGCGCUGCAGUCACAGUAUGAGCGGUGGCAGCCGCGCGCGCGCUACAAGCAGUCACUCGACCCUACGAGUGAUGAGAUCAAGAAGCUAUGCUGCUCACUACGGCGCAAUGCCAAGGAAGAGCGCGUGCUUUUCCAUUACAACGGACAUGGCGUGCCCAAGCCCACCACGCAGGGAGAGAUAUGGGUGUUUAAUAAGGCGUACACACAGUACAUCCCCCUAUCGAUGUACGACCUACAAACGUGGAUGGGCGCGCCCUCGCUCUACGUGUACGACUGCUCCAAUGCUGGAGUAAUUGUGGAGAACUUCAAGCAGUUCGCUGAACAGCAUGAACGGGAUUAUGAGAUGCAAGUGAGCAGCAAGGGCGGCGAAGCGACCGGCCCGCCGGUGUCGUACAAGAACUGCAUCCAGCUGGCGGCGUGCGCGGCGGGCCAGAGCCUGCCGAUGUCGCCCGAGCUGCCCGCCGACCUGUUCACCUCCUGCCUCACCACGCCCGUCAAGAUGGCCAUGAAGUGGUUUGUGUUGAGGAGCCGUCUCAGAUCGGCGAGAGCGGAUCUGAUUGAUCUUAUAGAUAAAAUCCCCGGUCAGGUGACGGACCGGCGCACGAUGCUGGGCGAGCUGAACUGGAUCUUCACGGCGAUCACGGACACGAUCGCGUGGAGCUCGCUGCCGGCCGAGCUGUUCCAGCAGCUGUUCCGAGCUGAUCUCCUCACAGCCAGUCUGUGCAGGAACUUCCUGCUCGCUGACAGGAUCAUGAGGUCGUACAACUGCACGCCGGUGUCGUCGCCCGCGCUGCCGUCCCUCGCGCGCCACCCGCUGUGGGCCGCGUGGGAGCACACGCUGGACCUGGCGCUGGCGCAGCUGCCCGCGCUGCUGGCCGACCGCGCGCCGCCCUACCGCCACUCGCCCUUCUUCCGCGACCAGCUCACCGCCUUCCAGCUGUGGCUCGACCUGGGCAAGUGGUCGGUGUCGCGCGCGCCGCCGGAGCAGCUGCCGAUGGUGCUGCAGGUGCUGCUGUCGACGCUGCACCGCGUGCGCGCGCUGCACAUCCUGUGCCGCUUCCUGGCGCUGGGCCGCUGGGCCGUGCGCGCCGUGCUGGCCGUCGGCAUCUUCCCCUACAUGCUCAAGCUGCUGCAGGCCUCCGCGCCCGACCUAAGACCCGCCAUGCUCUACAUAUGGGCCAAGAUUAUUGCCGUCGAUCCGAGUUGUCAAGUAGAUCUCGUGAACGCUAAAGGUCAUAAAUAUUUCCUUGCAAUUCUUCAAGACCCGUCCGUUGAUACAGAACAUCGCACGCUAGCUGCGUUCGUGUUGGCGGGGAUUGUGGACAAUUAUCCUGCGGGUCAAGAGGCAGCAUUACAGGGCUCGAUGAUAUCGGCGUGCCUGGAGCAGCUGCACGAGGCGGAGGGCGUCGGGGCGGGCGGCGGGCAGGGCGUGCUGCAGCAGUGGGCGUGCGUGGGGCUGGGCCGGCUGUGGCGCGGCUGCGAGGCGGCGCGCUGGGCGGGCGCGCGCGACCUGGCGCACGAGAAGCUGGCGCCGCUGCUGGGCCACGCGCGGCCCGACACGCGCGCCGCCGCCGCCUUCGCGCUGGGCUGCUUCGUGGGCGCCGCGCCGCACGCGCCGCGCUCCGACCACGCCAACGCGCUCGACCACCAGGUGGCCGUGCUGCUGGCCAAGCGCCUCGCGCUCGACGCCUCGCCGCUGCCGCGCGCCGAGAUCCUCGCCGCAUUGCAAUGGGUGGUACUUAUAUUCGAGCAACACUUCAUAGCUGUUUAUAUACAGGAGCGAAUGCGACGCAGUGAUAGGGAGUCGGGUCGCGGUGCAGGCGGCGGACAAGUAGACCGCGGGCAGGAGGCGCUGGCGGGGGGCCGCCCGCCCAGGCACUCCUCACCGCACCACUCGCUCGCGCUGCCCGCCAUCGGUUUCGGCUCGGUGUACAUGAAGCUGUGGGGCUGCGUGUGCGCCAUGUGCCGCGAGCCGCACCCCACACUGUCGCAGAUGGCCAAUGACGUCAUCGGGUAUAUAGCCAAUCAGGUGGACAACGUGGGCCGCGAGGUGUCGGAGCGGCACUCGAGCAGCGGGUCGAGCUCGCUGCCGCCGUCGCCCAACACGCGGCCCGCGCCGCCGCCCAACCCGCACACGCCGCACACGCCGCACCUCGGUCACCGCCGCGGCAAGUCCGGUCUGCCGCACACUAUAUCUGAAGAUUCUGUUGCGCAUCGGGACCGAGAUUCCACUUCCUCAACUUCCAGUCAAUCAGCGAAGAAGCCUAUAGUGAGCACACAGUACGUGGAGUGGGCUAGCGCGCAGUUCGCGCGCGGCGCGUGGGGCGCGGUGGAGGGGGUGGGCGUGGGCGUGGGCGAGGGGGAGGGGGGAGACGGGGCUGGGACGAGGGGGGAUGAUGACGUGGAGUGCCGCGCGCACCACGAGCGGCUGUGGCGACGCGCGCGCAACACGAGCAUACGCAGGGAGGCGCGCGCGCUGCGCACGAGCCGCGUGUCCCGGCUGGAGACGCAGGCGUUCCACUCGCGCUGCCCGCUGCCGCCCGCCGUCGUGCUGUUCCACCCCUACGAGCAGCACGCCGCCGUCGCCUCCAAGGACAACUUCGGGAUAUGGGACUGGGGCACAGCGGCGAAGCUGUGCGUGGGCACGUGGCGGCGCACGUGGGGCCGCAUCACGGCGCUGGCCUACCUCAACGCGCACCACCACACGGCGCUCGCCGUCGCCUCGCACCAGGGCAACCUCGCCAUCUACCGGCCGUCGUCGUCGGGCAGCAGCAUGGAGCCGCAGCUGGUGUCGGCGUGGCGCGCGCUGGACGUGCGGCCCGCGCCCGACUACCGCCCGCCGCCCGCGCAGCCCAUCUACAGUCUGGCGCAGCUGGUGUCGGAGCAGUUCAGCUCGGCGGACGAGCGGCUCGCGGCCGGCAAGGCGCGCGCAGACGCUGAGCUGGGUGUGAGCGGCGGGUCGGGCGGCGGCUGGUCGGCGCCGCCGCCGGGCACGCUGCUGCGCUGGUCGGCGCGCCGCUGCAGCCUGGCGCUGGCCGGCCCCGCGCCCGCCGUGCGCCUGUGGGACGCCGUCGCCGAGAUGCUGCAGGCCGACAUCGACACAGGCACCGAGGCCGCGGCGACGUCGCUGUGGCGCGGGCGCUGGCAGGCGGUGUGCGGGUUCGCGGACGGCUGUGUGCGCGCGUGGGACGAGCGGGCGCCGCGCGACGCGCUGUACGCGCUGCGCGACCACAGCGCGCCCGUGCUGGCCGCCGCGCCCCGCCACGACCACCACGCCAUACUCACGGGCUGCAUGGACGGCACGGUGCGCAUCUACGACACGCGCAAGGUGUCCGCGGCGGUGGUGGUGGUGCGCGCCCCCGGCCCGCUCGCCGCGCUCGACGUGCACCCCCGGGCGCCGCUGCUCGCCUGCGGGUCGGUGAACCAGUGCAUCAGCAUCUACGACCUGCGCGGCGCACACCUCAACACGAUCAAGUUCCACGAGGGCUUCAUGGGCGCGCGCAUCGGGCCCGUCUCCUGCCUCACCUUCCACCCGCUCAGGUGCGCGAUGGGCGUGGGCUCGAAGGACUCGACGGUGUCGGUGUACGUGUCGGAGGCGCGGCGGUGACCCUCGCUGUACGGGCUGGCGCUGCCGCUGCCCUUCUCGCACUGACACCCCGCCCCCCGCCACGCCACGCCCCACACGC